AUGUCCUCCACUUCAAGAGGGGACUUUUAUUUCAGGAAUCUGUAUGCGAAGGAGCCGGACUUCCGCCAGCUUGCACGGCAAGAUGCCGACUUCCGGGCGAUACUCAAGCCCAAUGACCAGCUGGACUUCACUGAUCCGGCAGCUGUUCCAAACCGGCACAACUAUAUUCUAUGGCUUAAGCAACUCCUGGACUCCAGCUCAUAUAAUGAGCCUGGAGGCAAGCUGAGCGGCCUUGACAUCGGCACAGGCGCAAGCUGCAUUUAUCCCCUCCUGGGCUGCGCCCAACGGCCGUGGUCCUUCAUCGCCACAGACAUCGAUGCCGACAACCUCAAACAUGCCAUCAAAAAUGUCGCCCUCAACAGCUUCGAGGACCGCAUCAGGAUCGUUUCCCGAAAACCCGAGGACCUACUUAUCCCGCUAGAAGAGCUCAACCUGAGCCAUAUUGACUUCGUCAUGACCAACCCGCCCUUCUAUCAGUCAGAAGCAGAGAUGCUUAAAUCCGCCGCUAAAAAGUCCCGUCCGCCGCACUCAGCAUGCACUGGAGCACCAGUCGAGAUGGUAUGCGACGGCGGGGAGGUCGCCUUCGUGAGCCGCAUCCUGGAGGAGUCCUUGGUCCUCAAGGACAGGGUGCAAUGGUAUACAUCCAUGUUUGGGAUGGUAUCCAGUCUGGAGGUGAUGGUGGAGAAGGUGCGCGAGAGGGGCAUCAAUAAUUAUGCAGUGAUGGAAUUCCUGCAGGGAAACAAGACGAGACGGUGGGCCCUGGCGUGGAGCUUUGGGCCGAUGAGACCCUGCCAGAAGGCAGGUCGGGGUCUCAAGGCAACACCGUGGAGAAGGAUCCUGCCGGCAAUCGUCGAUGCAGAGAUAUCUAGGUUCCCGAGCGGCGAUGGUGUAGGCGCGAAGGGAGACGCGCUAUCUACACUUGUAGGAGGGCUGGACUUGAUCUCGUGGCAAUGGGACCGGGAGAUGCUCAGAGGGGUUGGGCGGGCGAGGGAGAACGUCUGGAGCAGGGCAUGGCGGAGGAAGAGGAAACGCGAAGAGGCAGAGGCCGGCCCAUCAGUGAAAAGCAAAGAAGAACCGAGCGAGACUUGGAUUUUUGGAUUCUCGGUUUCCAUCACGGUCAAUAUGUCCGAGGCCAUCCUCGAAUGUCGCUGGCGUGAGGGUCACGAUGAGUCCAUCUUUACCAGCUUCUGUGGUUUCCUCAAGACACGACUACAAGCUCAAGUGCCCAAGAAAACAUGA